UUAUUUUGAAAGGGUGUGACAGUUGGAAGGCGGAUAUGUCGCUUUAGCCUCGCGCGAAUUUUCUUGAGAGGUCUCAAGUUUGUCUUUUUAUUGUCAACCUCUUCAUAGCAGUUCAGUUCACUGUGAGUGGAAGAGACAAACUAGGCUCAAAUACAAUCCCAAGCAGGGCAGAGAGUCCGGUCGGAUAUUUGAAGAAAAGAAAUGGCGGGUGGCGGAGAUCUAAUGGACGGUGAUCUGGAAGAUGGAGAGAUCUCCGGGUCGGGGUCGGAUACUGAGAUGGGAACAGCCCAGGUUCCUCCUACUUUUAGCGGCCAGUCCUUCCACAGCAGAGCCGCUGCCCAGCAUUCUGCCGCCGCUUACCGCAGCACUGGUAGGACGGUGGAGUCCAGCGACAGUGACCCGGACUCGUCGGACGAGGAGGCGGCUGUUUGGCGCCGGAAGCGCCAGAAAGCAUCCGACGCCCCCCUGCCGCCUGCCCGCACCACCCGGGCAGAGCUGACCCGCAUGCCCGUCCCCAGCGCGCUGGGAGGCCGCAAAGUGAACAACAUUUGGGGUUCUGUGGUCGAGGAGCAGUGUCAGGAUGCCAUUACUGCAGAACUGGGCAUAUUUGGCAUGGAAGGUGAAGUUAGCAUGUCCAGCAGGAAUGUGGAGACUUAUAACUUUGUCCUGGCCCGUAAGAUCAUGGACAAGGAGAGGGAGAUGGAGAAACAGGUGAAUAAUGAAGGAGAAGUGAGCAUGCUGGACUCCCAGCUGGAGGAGUACAUGAAGGAGAGAGGCUCCGAGGAUAGGGCAGGAGGGGAUACUAAGAGGAAGAGGCUAGCUAAAGACAGACUUGGCCCCAGGGCUGAGAUGGACAUCAAGGGCCGAUGUGAGCUCACAGAGGACGACCCUGAGGAUAGGGUGACGGAUGAGAUCGCACACAGGCUGCAAGAGCCUAAAAAAGACCUGAUAGAGCGCAUAGUUAAAGUCAUCGGGAAUAAAAAAGCCAUAGAACUGCUCGGAGAGACUGCCACACUGGAGGAGAGCGGCGGUGUGCACACCAUGGACGGCAGCAGACGACGGACGCCUGGUGGGGUGUACCUCUACCUGCUGAAGAACACACCCAGCAUCAGCAAGGGCCAGAUCAGGAAGAUUUUCUUUGAGGAACACCAGAAAGACUGCAAGAGCAAGAAGGCCGCCCAGAAGAGGAGGCGGCACAUGGUGGCGAAGAAGAUGAAGCAGGCCAUUGGCACACUGAACCUGCAGGAGCACGAUGACGUCUCCAGGGAGACUUUCGCCAGUGAUACCAAUGAGGCCUUGGAGUCAUUGGAGGAUGCUGCAGAAGAGGAAGAGGAGGGUCAGGAGGAAACUGCUGUUGGCACUGAGGACACAGCGGUGGUCUACAAUGCUGCAGACCUGGAGGUCUUCUGAAGGAGGUCUGCUCUCUGAACUCUGGGAGGUUUGAACAAGGGCAUUUUGGAUUAAAAUUACAACACGACACUAAAACUAGUGCAUAAGAAAUGCAUGCAUAAGACAUCUCACCACCCGACUGUCCUGUUUUGCUUUUACCUCUUUAAAGGAGAGCUGAUGUUAACAGAAAUGUUGGAUUUGUUUGGUACAGCAUGUAUUUGUAGAUUUCAGCACAUGUAAACACAGUAAGACUUUCUGCAGCUUAGUGUGAUUUGUGAUACAAAUGUUGUUUGCAUUUAAAUCAUUCUUAUUUUUCAACAUCAUACUUAAGUUGCUGAAGCAUAUUGGAGUAACAGUGAAGCUCUCUUGUUUAUUUUCAAAUAUAGUAACUUUCUUUGUUUUGAUUUUUAUUUUGGGUAUAAUGAGGUCUGGAUUUAAUAAAUUAAUUUGUGUGACUGGAAUAUAAAUAAAGGUGACUCGGGCAAAAUUACUUAAAACAGUAA